AUGUUUUAUUAAACAUAGUAAAAUUUUAUAACUUUAUAAACUAUUUUUCAUUUAGUAAUUUAUAAAGUCAAUCUUAAACUAAAUUUUUCUUUAAAUUAUCUUUGCAAAAAAAGAAACUUACAAAAGAAAUUCAAAGGUUUUGUUAAUUAAAUAUUAGUAAUUAAUUAGCAUUAAUAUCAUAUUUAGAUUUUUUAAGGAUAUCAAAAAAGAUUGUUAGCUAACAAAUAAGCUCUACAAAGACUCAAUUAGAUACCUCACUAAAUAAAAUUAUAAUAAAGAUUUAUUAUGAAGUUAACUGAUAAGUAGAGAUCAUUAGCUGAGCUAAAAACCACAAAAAGGGAAAAUACACUUGGCGAUUCCAAAUUUUAAUCCUCUAUGAUAAACAAUCCAAUGAUGUACUCAAAGAUCGCAAAACUUUAAGAAACAGGACAAACUUAUUGCCAAAAAAAGGAAAUAGAAAGAGAUAGACUUGAAUAAUUGAAUGAAGAAAUUAAGGAAGCUAGCAUUCGCCUUGAGGAAAAGAGAAAAGAAAUUAUGGAAAAAAAGAGAAGUCCAAAGGACGACAACCCUAUUCGUUUAGAGAAAAAAAUGAAAGCUAUGCAUCUUAAAAUCGAUAAUAUUAGAAAUAAAUACAAUUAUGCUGAUUCAUAAAAUAGAGAUUUGAAAGAAGAUAUUAACAAAUUAAGAAGAGAAAUCAACCUUUACAAACAAAUCUAAAAAAUUCUUAGCAAAAGAAUUUAAGAUGCCAAAAAAAGCGUUACAGAUCAGUCUGAAAAUGCUAGAAACCAAGAUAAAAUGUUUGAAGAAGGAGCCAAAACUCUCUACAAGCAUUAGUCAGAGUAUUAAUUGUAAAAGAAAAGAUACGAAAAAGAAUUUCAGAGUGUUUAUCAUGUUUUGGGUGAUGAAAACCGUGACCAAAGAAAGAGAGAAAAGUUUGGAAUUAAAGGAGCUGAUGGCUCUGUAAUGAAAUCUCAAUCACCAUGGUCGAAAAGUGGAAGUGAUUUCUUUAAGAGUCAUACUUAGGGAUUUUAAGAUGCUUUAAUGGAAAAACAUGGAGUUGGUAAAGGGAAUAAAAAAAAUGAUAAAAGAGGAGAUGGAGGUCACAAUCUUGAAUAAAUAAAAUAAGAAUUAGAUAAGUAUGACGAAGUCUUGUCAUUAUUAGUAGAAUCUUGUCUUAAUGAAAAAGUAGAUUUUAAAAGUGAAGAUAAGAAAAAGAGAAACCAAAUAGAAUAAGAAUAUUUAAGAAGAAUCAUAAAUACAUUUGCAGAUUACGAAGAUAAAAAGAAUGCAAUUUAUUAAUAUAUCAACUCCCUUAGAGAUGAAAGCGAAUAGCUUGAAAAGUAAAAGAAAGAAAUUGAAGAUGAAAUUGAAAAAUACAAAAAACUUCCUGAGCAAAUCAAAUAAGAUCCAAAAGUUUAAAAGUGUUUCGACAUUUAGAAAUAAAUAGAAAUUAUAAAGAGAAAAAGAUAGUCUUAAGAAAUGGAACAUAAAUGUUUGAUGCUAUAUAUUAAUUAAUUAAAAAUGUAAAUUCCUGUCGUCUUCGAAAAAAUUGGAUGUGAUUCUGAAGAAUAUACUAGGGAACUAGGAGAAGAAUAUGGUCCAUUUAACUACAAAGAUAUAGAUGAAAGCAAUAUUAUUUAAUAUUUGGCUAUUUUAGAAAAAAGAACUAACGAUUUACUUCAAUUAUAAAAUCAAGCAUUCAAUAAUGGAAAACAAGGAUACUCAGAUUAAAGAAAACAAAAAUAUGCAGAAGAGUCUUAUUUAUCUCUUUCUAACAUUGGAGGAAAGCCUCUUGAUUAAGAUUUAAUUGGAAUGCUUGAUGCAUAUAAGAUAAAAGCUGAGGAUGCUGAAAAAGAAAAAUAAAUGUUUAGAGUAGAAGAAUUUCAGAAAUAAGUAUAAGACACUCUUAAAAAUAAAAAAAGAAUUAUUAAAAGAUGA